AUGGGUCAGCAGGGUGAAGAGCAGGGGGCUGAGCACACAUCCCUGGGGGCCUCCGCGUUCACUAGGAGGGAUGUUUCUGUGGAGGAGCAGCUGUCCUGCUGUUCUUUGUGUCAGGACGUCCUGAAGGAUCCAGUCUCUACCAGCUGUGGACACUGGUUCUGCAGACAGUGCAUCACCUCAUACUGGGACCAGUCUGCUUCAUCAGGAGACUCCUCCUGUCCCCAGUGUGCAGAAAGAUCCAGAACCAGACCUGGACUGCAGAUAGACAGUCAGACCAGCACUGUACAAACAGAAAGUGGUCAGCAGGAGGUUUUAGAUGAACAUCAGAUCAGUCUGAGCAGCAGAUGUAAACGUGUGACUGAUGAAGCAGGAAAUGAAAUCCUCCUCAUCAGCAUCUUCACUGAGGUCCACAUCAUAGAGGGACUGAGUGAAGAGGUUAAUACCCAACAUGAAGUGAGGCAGCUUGAAUCAGUUUUCAAGAUGAAGACCUUCCAUGACGCUCCAAUCAAGUGUCAAGACAUCUUUAAAGCCUUACCUGACCAACAGAAACACAUCAGAGUCGUUCUGAUGAACGGUGUCGCUGGUGUUGGAAAAACUUUCUCAGUGCAGAAGUUCACUCUGGACUGGGCACAGCGCUCCAAAAACCAAGAUAUCCGUCUGCUGAUUCUGUUCUCGUUCAGGGCGCUGAACUUGAUCAAAGAUAAGCAGCACAGUCUGCUCAUGCUGAUCCAUGUUUUCUAUCCAACAUUACAGAAGCUCACAGCAGAGAAGCUCGCUGUCUGUAAAGUUUUGUUCAUCUUUGACGGCCUGGAUGAAAGCAGACUUUCACUGGAUUUCAACAACAGUGAGGUAGUGUCUGAUGUCACACAGAAGUCAUCAGUCAGCGUGCUGCUGACAAACCUCAUCACGGGGAAGCUGCUUCCAUCGGCUCUCAUCUGGAUAACUUCCCGACCUGCAGCAGCCAAUCGGAUCCCUCCUUCAUGUGUUAGCAGGGUAACAGAAGUACGAGGCUUCACUGACGCCCAGAAGGAGGAGUACUUCAGGAGGAGAUUCAGUGAUGAAGAGCAGUCCAGCAGAAUCAUCUCACACAUCAAGACAUCCAGGAGUCUCCACAUCAUGUGUCACAUCCCAGUCUUCUGCUGGAUCACUGCUACAGUUCUUGACCACAUGUUGAACACAGACCAGAGAGGAGAGCUGCCCAAGACCCUGACUGACAUGUACUCAAACUUCCUGCUGGUUCAGACAAAGAGGAAGAAGAACAAGUAUGAUGAGGGACAUGAGACGAGUCCACAGGAGCUGACGAAGGCUGACAGGAAACUUCUUCUGAAGCUGGGGAGGCUGGCGUUCGAACAACUGGAGAAAGGAAACAUCCUGUUCUACCAAGAAGACCUGGAGCAGUGUGGUCUUGAUGUCACAGAGGCCUCGGUGUUAUCAGGAUUUUGUACAGAGAUCCUCAAAAGAGAGAGUGUGAUCCUCCAGAAAUCAGUCUACAGCUUUAUUCAUCUGAGCGUUCAGGAGUUUCUGGCUGCAGUCUACAUGUACCACUGUUACACCAGCAGGAACACAGAGGUACUGAAGAACUUCCUGGGAGAAGACUACAAACACAGAGAAUCAGAACCAAAGACUUUAUUUGAGAAGAUGUCUGGAGCCAUGGAGAAAUCUCUCAUAAGUAAAAAUGGCCACCUGGACCUGUUUGUCCGUUUCCUUCAUGGCCUCUCUCUGAAGUCCAACCAGAGUCUCUUAGGAAGCCUGCUGGGUCAGACAAAGAACAGUCCAAAAACCAUCCAGAGAGUCAUCAACAAGCUGAAGGAGAUGAACAGUGAGGAUUUCUCUCCUGACAGAAGCAUCAACAUCUUCCACUGUCUGAUGGAGAUGAACGACCGCUCAGUACAUCAGGAGAUCCAAGAGUUCCUGAAGUCAGAGAACAGAUCAGAGAAGCUCUCUGAGAUCCAGUGCUCAGCUCUGGCCUACAUGCUGCAGAUGUCAGAGGAGGUUCUGGAUGAGUUGGACCUGAAGAAGUACAACACAUCAGAGGAGGGACGACGGAGACUGAUCCCAGCUGUGAGGAACUGCAGAAAGGCUCAACUUUCUGGCUGUGGACUCUCAGAGUCUCACUGUGAAGUUGUGGCCUCAGCUCUGAAGUCCAACCCUCAUCUGACAUUUCUGGACCUGAGUAAAAACAAACUGUCUGAUUCAGGAGUGAAGCUCCUCUCUGCUGGACUGGAGAGUCCAAACUGUAAACUGAAGACUCUGAGGUUGAUGGACUGCAGUCUGUCAGAGAUCAGCUGUGCUUCUCUGGUCUCAGCUCUGAAGAGCAACCCCUUCCAUCUGAGAGAUCUGUAUCUGGAUAAAAACAGUCUGCGGGAUUCAACUGUGACGGCCCGCCUUAGUCUAACUUGUGCCGCCACAAUCUGA